AUGUCAUCCCACACACCGCAGGGCCAGACCGCGGGCGGACAGCCUCUUGACUUUGCGCUUCCGGUGCCGCCGCCGCUGCUUCACACUCGCUCCACCAACGACAUGCACAGCGCGAACGGCACGCCGUCUUACGACCGCGAUGCCUUCAUCUCGCCUACGCAGACGCCUCAGGGCAGUCCGAGCAAGAACAAACUGCCGCCAGGCGCAUUCGACCUGCCCCACGCCUUUGCCAAUGCAUUGAAGCUGCUGCCGACGGGUCAGGCUAACCACGGCCACGGCCACGGUCACGGCGCGCUGCAGAGCAAGACACAAUCGCCGGCCGGCACGCCGAGCAGGUACGACUACGAUCACGAUCCCUUUGGCGAUGCAAAAGCGGGGGCUCCGGGCAGUCCGAAUCGCAUGACGGGCCAGGAGAACACCCCGCCCACACACCGCCCACAGCUGCAGCAGACACAGAGCUUCGUCAACCAGGCGGCAGCGAGCCGGCAGGCGCCUUACAGCUCCCGCGAAGACCUCUCUCCUACCCGUCCGACCAAGAGCGUUGCGGGAGGGCUGACUGCCGAAGACGCGGAGAAGUUGCAGAAGCCCAGUGUCAAGAGACUGGCCAAUGUGACGCAGCUCUACUUUCUCGAUUACUACUACGACUUGCUCUCAUAUGUUCACAACCGUCAGAAUCGCCUGCAGGCGUUCAAAGCACACAACCCCGUACCCACACCGUCGAUGCCCGCGGGCGAAGUCGACAACUACAACCAGCUGUGGUCGCAAUAUCUCGGUCACGAACGAGCAAACUUGCGCCAGCGUCGCACUCGUCUACGACAUGGCGACUUUCAGAUUCUCACCCAGAUUGGACAAGGAGGAUACGGUCAGGUGUAUUUGGCGUCGAAGAAGGACACCCGUGAGAUCUGCGCUCUGAAGAUCAUGAGCAAGAAGCUACUCUUCAAGCUGGAUGAGGUCCGUCAUGUAUUGACAGAGCGCGACAUCCUCACCAAUGCCAAGAGCGAGUGGCUGGUCAGCUUGCUGUACGCCUUCCAGGACGAUGUUAGCAUCUACCUCGCCAUGGAGUAUGUCCCGGGUGGAGACUUUCGCACGCUGUUGAACAACACCGGCGUGCUGCAUAACCGACACGCCCGUUUCUACAUUUCGGRGAUGUUCCUCUGCGUCGAUGCUCUGCACACUCUUGGCUACAUUCACCGCGAUCUGAAGCCGGAGAACUUCCUCAUCGAUAACACUGGACAUGUAAAGCUCACCGACUUUGGUCUUGCCGCAGGGUUCCUUGCGCCUGCGAAGAUCGAGAGCAUGCGCAUCAAGUUGGAAGAAGUUGGCAAUCUCCCAACAUCUGCGGUUCCCUUUGGUCGGCCGAUUGAAGAGCGUUCCCUGAAGGAGCGUCGGGAUGGUUAUCRAUCCCUAAGAGAGCGUGAUGUCAACUACGCGAAGUCAAUUGUCGGUUCCCCCGACUACAUGGCACCCGAAGUGCUCAAGGGCGAUGAGUACGACUUUACUGUGGACUACUGGUYGCUUGGAUGCAUGCUAUUCGAAGCGCUUGCAGGUUACCCGCCCUUUGCGGGUGCCUCUGUGGAUGAGACCUGGCAGAAUCUCAAGCGAUGGCAACAGGUAUUGCGCAAGCCAGAGUAUGAAGAUCCAAACUACUUCUUGUCGAAGCGCACUUGGGACCUCAUCACGCGCCUCAUCGCUGUGAGGGGCAACCGACUCCACGGCAUCAAGCAGGUCCAGGCGCACGACUACUUCAGGGAGGUGGCGUGGGAUAGGAUCAGAACAGAGCGGGCACCCUUUGUUCCCGAGCUUGAUUCAGAGACGGAUGCAGGUUACUUUGACGACUUUGGCAAUGAAAAGGACAUGGCAAAAUACAAGGAGGUGUUGGAGAAGCAGGAAGCUUUGGAGCGGAUGGCGGAUCGUGGAGGCGACAUGGGUCGCUCGCUGUUUGUUGGCUUCACCUUCAGGCAUCGUAAGCCCGCCACGGAUGACGAUGGCCGGCCGGCCAGCCCGCGCAAGCCACUUACGGACGUCAACGAGAACUUUGGGACAAUGUUCUGA